AUGGGCGCCCGGAAGCUGUCACAGGUCCCGGAUGUGGAGUCCGCGCUGAGUGUGAGCAGCCGCUCCGGGAGUAGGGCGUGUCAGACUGUCCGAGCGGUUACCAUGGAGAUACAGGAAGUCAGUGGCGGCCAUGAUGGUUUCUGGCAAAUCCCGGACACUGACUGAGCAUGCGCGGAGCCAGGGGGCGGGGCCUAAUGAAUGACGUCAUAUCUCUGCGAUCCACAGUCAUCCUUCCACUGUCUGCAUUCCCUGACACAGUGCGGGGAGCCUGGGAGAGGAGAGUCAGGUAUGUCCUGUUACUAGGCAACCGCUACCGUAUGAUAUCUAAUAUACACCGCUACCGUAUAACAUCUAAUAUACACCGCUACCGUAUAACCCCUAAUAUACACCGCUACCGCUAAUAUACCGUAUAACAUCUAAUAUACACCGCUACCGUAUAACCCCUAAUAUACACCGCUACCGUAUAACCCCUAAUAUACACCGCCUACCGUAUAACAUCUAAUAUACACCGCCACCGUAUAACACCUAAUAUACACCGCUACCGUAUAACCAUCUAAUAUACACCGCUACCGUAUAACAUCUAAUAUACACCGCUACCAUUAUAACAUCUAAUAUACACACGCUACCGUAUAACAUCUAAUAUACACAUGCAGUAUAACCCUAAUAUACACGCUUCAUUAUAACACCUAAUAUACACACUACGGUAUAACAUCCCCAAUAUACACCGCUACCGUAUAACACCUAAUAUACACCGUUACCGUAUAACACCUAAUAUACACCGCUACCGUAUAACCCCUAAUAUACACCGCUACCGUAUAACAUCUAAUAUACACCGCUACCGUAUAACAUCUAAUAUACACCGCUACCGUAUAACACCUAAUAUACACCGCUACCGUAUAACAUCUAAUAUACACCGCUACCGUAUAACAUCUAAUAUACACCGCUACCGUAUAACACCUAAUAUACACCGCUACCGUAUAACCCCUAAUAUACACCGCUACCGUAUAACAUCUAAUAUACACCGCUACCGUAUAACAUCUAAUAUACACCGCUACCGUAUAACAUCUAAUAUACACCGCUACCGUAUAACAUCUAAUAUACACCGCUACCGUAUAACCCCUAAUAUACACCGCUACCGUAUAACCCCUAAUAUACACCGCCACCGUAUAACACCUAAUAUACACCGCUACCGUAUAACACCUAAUAUACACCGCUACCGUAUAACCCCUAAUAUACACCGCUACCGUAUAACACCUAAUAUACACCGCUACCGUAUAACACCUAAUAUACACCGCCACCGUAUAACACCUAAUAUACACCGCCACCGUAUAACCUCUAAUAUACACCGCCACCGUAUAACCUCUAAUAUACACCGCUACCGUAUAACCAUCUAAUAUACACCGCUACCGUAUAACAUCUAAUAUACACCGCUACCGUAUAACAUCUAAUAUACACCGCUACCGUAUAACAUCUAAUAUACACCGCUACCGUAUAACCCCUAAUAUACACCGCUACCGUAUAACCCCUAAUAUAAAGUUCACUUUUAAUCAUUCAAAAGUUUCGGUAGAAUUUCUAGAUCUAGAAAUCUACAUCAAAGAGGAGAGGAUCUGUACAAAAACAUUUAGAAAAUCUGUUGCUUGUAAUAGCUUUAUUCCCUCAGACAGCCAUCACAAGAAAACUUGGCUGGACAACAUACCUUAUGGACAAUUCAGACGGAUAAGACGGAAUUGUACAGAAUUGGAUAUUUGUAUAAAUCAAAUGGAGGAGAUGAAAAACCAAUUUCUCAAAAAAGGAUAUGAUAACAACAUGUUGACUAACGCAAUGGAUAAAGCCCUGAAAUUAUCUAGGGAAGAAACAUUGAUAAGUAAGAAUAAGACAUCGAAAAUGGAGACGGAAACCCCAGCGUUUAUCACACAAUUUAGCAAUCAAGCAGGAAAAAUAAAGCAUAUUCUGAAUAAGCAUUGGAGAAUCCUUAAAGAAGAUAGUUCACUGGGUAUGAUAUUAGAUGAUAGACCAAAGAUUUUCUACUCAAAGGCGCCCAAUCUCAAAACCAUAUUAGCCCCAACGAUAAAAGAAAUCAAACUAUCAAGCAAUAAUCAAAAAGCUGGUGGAUUUCGAAAAUGUAAUAGAUGCUCUGGUUGUAGAAACAAUCCAACCCAAACAGGUCUAACAAAGAAAUUUGAAAACAUGAAAGGGGAUGAAGAAUUUGAAAUAAAAUCAGAUCUAAGUUGCAAUACCAUUGGAGUUAUCUACCUCCUAAUAUGUCCCUGUAAGAAACACUAUAUAGGUCGGACAAAAAGAAAGUUUAAAAUUAGACUAGGAGAACAUAUUCGUAACAUUAAAAAGGGACUUACUACACAUAAUCUCUCCAGACAUUUUGCAAGUUGCCACUCCAAUAAUCCAGCAGGUUUAGAAUUUUAUGCUAUUGAAAAAGUGAACUUGCAUUGGAGGGGAGGAGACUACGAAAAAGCUCUUGACAAAAGUGAGGCUAAAUGGAUAUUUCAACUUAAUAGUUUAGAGCCCUUUGGUUUAAAUAUUGAUUUUGAACUAAAUGCUUUUCUUUAAUUACUUAAUUUUUUUUUUUCAGUGUGUAUCUAUAACAAAUGAAUUUUACAAUUAAUAAUGUGUUUAUCUUUCUCCUCUUCUCUCUCCAGGUGAUUUAUAAAUCAAUGAAAUUAAUUAAAUUUUUUAAUAAAUUUUUUUUUUUUUUUUUUAAUUUUCCAAAUUUUUAUAAAUUUUUAACUUUUUGAUAAAUUAAUUUUUAUUUUUUGAAUUGCUAUACUUUAUAUUUAUAUAUAUUCAUAACCCAUCCUUAGAGUAUUUCUAUUAUGCAAGAAAUUUUUAAUCUAUUGAUCACUGCUUUUGGGAUGUAUUUGUGAAGGAAUAUAAGAUUUUAUAAUGUAUUUAUAAUAACCAAUAUACCACAUAAUAUGUUAGAAUUUCUUUAGUAUUUGGUUAUUUGGUUGUUUGUCCUUUAUAUAUUUUCCUUGUUUUAUAUAUUGCCCCUCUCUAUAUUGUCCCCUUUUAUAUUGCCUUUGUAUAAUUCCCCUUUUUUUUUUUUAUGGUUAUUAGUUUUCCAUUAUAUAUGUGUGGCUAAAAACAAACAAUAUAUCAUGUGUCAACUUCUUAUAUUAUUUAUACUGAUAUGAAUUGCAACAUUGUACAUAGACUUAAGGGUUAACGUGAUACUAAUGAAGACAGACAGAACAAGUAUAAAAAGAAGAUUGCAGACUCCAUGAUGCCAUCCUCUGAUGAAGUGAUCGAGAAUCACGAAACUAGUAAGGCGGCAUCUGCAAACCAAUACACAUCGGUCCCGAGAGUGAGCACCUCUGACACGCAUCCUGAGCCGCAGUGGAACGCACGCGGCUAGAAACCAGCAGCAUACAGCACGAGGAAAAUCCAAUUCACUUCUGUCUGGCCGGCAAGAAAGUGAUCUUUUGGGCUCGAGGUCUGUUAAACCUGGUACUGGUGCUAUCUUUUUUGUAACUCAUGUUUGGGACCCCCUUUUUUAUCAAUAGCUACAUGUGUGUGUAGCAUUUUUUAUCAUUCAAUAAACUUUAAAAAGUAUCUGUCUGCUGCAGUGGAUUUUAACCCUUGGAGGGGCUUGAUUCUAACUUUUUACACAUAUUUACUAGCCAUAUAUAUUGGAUUCAUAACUUAUUGGAACUUAUAUUAGAUUAAUUUCAGCAGUCCAUAGACUCUGCCUUCCUUAUCUAAUAGGUGGUGAUGACAGGACCAGCUGUACAUUUGUAUUCGAAUAAGAGAGCAAACAUUAACAUUCAUUUAUUGUGAAGUGCUCUACACAUUUCCAUUUCCACUAAAUCCUAUGUAUUUUUAAUAGAUGUCUGAACAUGACUGAUGUCACAUCUUGCUUACUAAAGCAUGUUUCGUUUUUCUUAACCAGUGAAUUCUUGUCUCUUUUGUAGAACAGUAAAUGUCUGUAAUUAAUAGUGCAUUUCUCCUUCACAGAGCUUGUCUGAAGGUUAAAUAACUCUACAAAGGGAAAUAAGAUUGUAUGAGCCAUCUGACUUACACAUUGAUGAUGGACAAACACCUAGUAAAUGAAAGGGUAUUGCAUUUUGCCCUGGACAUCAUCUGCCUGCUGACUGGAGAGGUGAGGGCUUUGGCACAACAUUUCUAUUGUUAUGAUAUGCUAUUUAAUGCAUGUAAGGGACAACAUACAAAACAAUUUGGGGGGAUCUACAAUGGCAUUUCCUUUGUAUAUUUAAUAGCCCCUAUCCGUCAUAGGUAAAAAUAGGUUGGUGACAUUUGCCCCCCAUGUUUUAUUAAUUUAAUAGACCUUACCCCCAACCUAGUUAUUAAAAUUAGAGUCCCCACAUGCCACCUGUGGUGGCCUGUCCGCCUAGAAGUUGGAAUUUCACCGCUAAUGUCCCCUUUCCCCGUGUGUCUAUAGUCUGAGUAUCGCUGUCUGACCUUUAUGUAAACAGAGCAGGAUCUGAUUUAGUACAUAUAAAUUACCCCUUCAAUGGAUGCACCAUAGCCCAAUAUAAACCUGUUUGCACUUACUGUAUUUAUUAUUUUAUCUCUUGACACCCCAUUCAUAUUUAAGAGUAUUUCUAUAAUAUGUAGGAUUACAUUGUCGUGAAGAAGUCCAGUGACCAUACCAGUCUCAUCCCUGUGCCUCUACCUCACUCACUAAUUCAUGAGAGAAACAAUGAGCAGAAGAUCCUGGAACUGACCAGUCAGAUCAUCCACUUGCUGACUGGAGAGGUGAGGCUGCUGGGAAUGGGACAUCAUAGAGUAAAACCAAGGGAUGUGUCUGGAUGGUGACUGUAUCGUUGUGUGUGCCAGGUUCCUAUAAGGUGUGAGGAUUCCACUGUCUAUUUCUCCAUGGAGGAAUGGGAGUAUUUAGAAGGACACAAGGAUCUCUACAAGGACACGAUAAUGGAGAACCACCAGGCCUUCAGCUCAAUGGGUAAGAGGAGAUGUAAUUACCAUUAACUGGUGAUUAAGCAUCCUAUACUGCAAUACAAGAUAUUUGUAGUAAACACCCAGCAAUAUAUUGUGUGGGAAACACUAUGUAAUACUGCAAUGAAUCUCCCCAGUUUAAUCUUUGUGUAUUUGUUCCAGGUUUAUUCAAGAUUUCACAAAACAUUAUAAGCAAAGAAGAGGAGUUUGAGAAUUACCCGGGAGACAACUUGUCAAACUCUAAACUCAACAAUUGUUUUCAAAAUGCAACUAAAGCAGUAGAUUCAUGCGAAGAAGAAAAUGUAGCAAACACUAGUAUAGAGACAGACAAUCUAUAUCACAUUAAAGAGGAAUCAGCCUCACGUGAAGACAGAAAUGAAACAGAUAUUAACACACUCACAGCACAUACACAAACAGAAUAUCCACCUACUCAUAUUAAGGAGGAACCAGACUUGUGUGAACCAAGAAAUCUCACCGGCAUACAUACGCCGACAGAACAUACAACAGUAGAAUAUCCAUCUAUUCAUAUUAAGGAUGAAUCUGUGUUGUGUGAAGAAGGAAAUCUUAUAGACACUGCCAUUCAUACAGUCAAAGAAAAGACACAGAUGGUGUGUCCAUCUACUCGUAGUAAGGAGGCAUUGGCAUCACACGAAGACGGAAAUUUAAGCAGCAUUUACAUGUCCAUGAAACAUAAACAUAGAAAAUGUGUUUUUACUGAUAAUGAAGAACCAUCCUCAAAUCACUGUGAAAAAUGCUUUGCUUUCAAGUCAUUGCUUGUUGGACAUCAGAAAUGUAACACAAAUGAAAUACUUUACUCAAAUACUGACCAUGGGAAAAUGUAUAAUCCGCAACCAGAUCUUGCUGGACAACAGGUAUCUCACACAGAAGAGAAACGUUUCUCAUGUUCGGACUGUGAGAAAGGUUUUAUCACUAAAUCAAAGCUUAUUUUACAUAAGAGAACUCACUCGGGAGAGAAACCUCAUUUAUGCUUAGAAUGUGGGAAGGGUUUUAUUACUAAAUCAUAUCUUGCUAUACAUAAAAGGACUCACUCAGGAGAGAAACCUUACUCAUGUUCUGAAUGUGGAAAAUGUUUUAGCCACAACUCAAGUCUUGUCAAACAUCAGAGAUCUCACUCAGGAAAGAAACCUUACUCAUGUUUUGAGUGUGGAAAAUGUUUUAGUCAACAAUCAGAUCUUGUUAUACAUCAGAGAACUCACACUGGAGAGAAACCUUUCUCUUGUUCUGAUUGUGGGAAAUGUUUUAGCUUGCACUCAAGUCUUGUUAAACAUCUGAGAACUCACACAGGAGAGAAGCCUUACUCAUGCUCUGAAUGUGGAAAAUGUUUUAGCUGUAACUCACAUCUUGUUAGACAUCAGAGAACGCACACAAGAGGAACAUUUUUGAUGCCCUAG